CCCACGCUAACUAUGCUGUGAGGGCUAGUGUCGUGCUUGCGAAUUGCCUGGUCAGCGCGGCCACCCAAAGGAACGACGCGACAUUGAAAGUGCAAGUCAUCCGGCGCUAAAGAUUUAGUUUCGCGAGUUGACUUUCUAGUAAUAGCUCGAGCAGCCAGGUCUGGCUCGCUAAUUCCGUGCAGCACCGCUGGUCUAGCAGCGGUCGCGUUUCCAGUCCCUUGAACCAUAUCUUAGUGAUCGUCCCGUGUGGCAGCGCAGGUGAUGGGUCCCAGUAUCGCCAGCCCCAUUACGCUCCCCUCUCCUUCGCUAGCGCAGUCCGCCUGUAGGGCUCCGCGCCCCGCGGGAACGGGCCAUAGCGACGUCUUUAGUCCUCUCGACGCCGCGUCGCUAGGCCCGUCCGUAUCGCAGUCAGAAUCCAUGGACAUGCGGGGAACACACGCUAGUGCUGACGUGGACAACGAGAGCAACGACCGGUGGCAGCAGUGGCAGGAGGAGCGACAGCGGGAGACGUCCAGCGCGCUCGAGCCGACGCCUAAGAGGUUACGCGGCUCGUACCGCUGCCGUCGCUGCGGUCAGCCUAAGAAGGGUCACGUGUGCCCGCUGACGUCACCGUCUCCCGCACCGCCGUACGCGCGUCGCCCGUGUCAGUCCAACCCGCACCAUGCGAACACUAACUCCCAUCCACCUCACCCCUCGUCGUCCGUCGGUUGUGGUGAUCCCGCGUGCGGCGGUGCGUGCGGCAACUCCCGCGACUGCGGUUUCGAUUCCCCCAGCGGGAUCACCCGCGCGGAAAUGCGCAAGCCCGCGUCGUGCAGCAUGGGCAACAUGCAGCCGCUGCGCCUCCCCGAUGCCUCCGCCGGGCCCGCCGACUCCGCCACCGCCUACACCGCGGAUGGCGGACGCUCCACCGCGUGCCACGGCGGGCCCAACGCGCAUAUCAGUCUCACCGCGCCCGCUCUCACCGCGUCGUGCCGCACCCUCCCCAGCCGCAGCGGCAUGUCGGACUCUAACUUCUCCUUCCCCCCCGCGCACACUCACGCCCACGGGCACGGCGCCAUCACGUCGAGAAUGGCGCCACAUUGCUCCUCCCCGCACAGCCUUCCGCCGCUCUCGCAUCCCGCCACCACCCAAUCCGGCCUCCGCCCUGCGCCCUCUGGGGUGAGCGGGUCGGCAGCGGCGGCGUCGGUGCGGCCAGCAGUGCAGAGGAGUCCGCAGGACAUGUGCAUGCUCAACAUCCUCGCUAAGCUCCCCCCGCGCGACCUGUUGAGUGCGAGCAGCUGCUGUCGGCGGUGGCGGCGGCUGGCGGGGGAGAUCUGGGGGCACGUAGAGGCGGCGGCGCUGUCGCUGGACGCCACACCGUCGCUCGCCACGGACGCGCUGGUCUACGUGCCCUUCAUGCUGCGGCGCUGCCCGCGCCUCGUGCACCUCUCGCUGCAAGCCGCCAGAUGCGUGGACGAUCGCCUGCUGCAUCGCAUAGCCGCGGAGCAGCCCAAUCUGGAGUCGCUCGUCAUUCGCACGGCGCCCAGCGUCGCAUGCCACGUCACGGACAACGGCAUGGCUGCUCUGCUGCACGGCUGCCCGUCGCUGCGCGCCGUUGACGUCGACGGCUGCAUCGCGCUGCCGUCGCUCACCGUCGCCUCGCAAUCCCUCACCGCGCUCACAGUGUCGGCGUGCGCGCGCCUUUCGCGCCUCUCCCUCGCCUGCCCCGCGCUGCACCACCUCUCCCUCUCGCUCCUCCCCGCCCCCGCCCCGCCCUCCGCCGCUCCGCCCGCGCCCGCAUGCUCCCAGACGCACGCGCAUGGGGGGGCGCACAUGGGCGGAGACCCCGCGCACGCGGAGGCGGUGAUAAGCCACGUGGCGAGUCUUGCGUCGCCGCUCGACCGCCUGCACGUCGCGUCGCCGUACACCACCGAUGCGAUGGUGGCGGCGCUGGUGCGAACGCACGGGCAGUCGCUCUGCGCGCUCUCCCUCACGCACUCGCACGCCCUCACCGAUGAGGGCGUGGCGGCCAUCUGUCGCAGCUGCCCGCAUCUGCAGCACCUCGACCUCAGCGCCUCGCCCAACCUCUCCGACGCCGCCCUGCACGCCAUCAGUGCCUCGCUCUCCCACUCCCUCACGCACCUCCUGCUCGCCGCCUGCCCUGCCAUCACGCCACGUGGCGUGCAGGCAUUGGUGCAGCGGCUGCCGCAUCUGGAGCUCCUAGACGUGGGGCGCUCGCUGGUCGCCCGCCCGCCCUCGCCCUCCCCCACCCUCGCCAGCGCUGCUAGCACCACCAGCGCCAUGGGCGCAGGAGCCAUGGCGGAUGGGUGGAGGGGGAAUAAUGGGGGAGGGUUCGGGGGGAGCAUGGGCGGGGGUAUGGGCAGUGGGGACGCGCAGGGGCAGCAGUGGGGGGACAUGGGGAUGCAGGAGGAGAUGGGCUUAGGGAUGGGCAUGGGGGGCAGCAACGGGUACAUGGGCGGCAUGGAUGGUGCUGCCAUGGGGGCAUCGACCGCAGCAACAGCCACAGCAAGCGAAGCCGCAGCAGGAGGGGAGGGGCAGCAGGUGGAGCUGAGGAGCAGCAGCCUGAGGAAGCUCAGCCUGUGGGGAUGCUCGCUGCUGCAGACACUUGUCCUGGACUGCCCGCAGCUGGAGCACCUCAAUGUGAACCUCUGCACCGCACUGCACCCAUCUGCGUAUGGCUGCCACCUGAACUGCCCCUCUCUUCGGUUCAUCCUGGCCGUUGGAUGCCCCGUGGCCCCCCACGUCCUGCUGAGGGCCAGAUGCCUGGCUGAUGAGACGCCCUCCCCCACCACCUGCAUGGGUGGCGCCAUGGGGGGUGCCAUGGGGGAUGGCAUGGGUGAUGGCAUGGGGGGUGAUAUAGGUGAUGGCAUGGGUGAUGGUAUGGGGGGUGAUAUGGGUGAUGGUAUGGGUGAUGGCAUGGGGGGUGACAUGGGGGGUGACAUGGGGGUGAUAUGGGCGAUGGCAUGGGUGAUGGUAUGGGGGGCGACAUGGGUGAAGGCAUGGAUCCAUCCCUGAGCGCAUACAUGGGAGAUGGCAUGGUGCAUGCACAACCAAGUGCAUGGGAAGCCCCUCCCGACACACAAGCAGGGGAUGAUGGCAUGGGGAAUGCCAUGGGGAAUGGCAUGGUUGAUGGAAACGACAUGGGGAAUGGAAGCACGUACUGCCACACGGGAAAUGGCAUGGUGGGUGAGGGCGCACAGGCGCCAUCCCACAUGCACAUGCAGCAGGUGCCGGUGCAGGUGCAACCACACAUGCACUCGCACUCACAUGGGCACAUGCACAUGGGGGGGCAGAUGCAGCAGCAGGGGCAGGUGAUGGUGUGGGAGUGAGAGUGGGACUCGGACCCCUCUACUUGGCUGGUCUUCCCAGCUGCAGUGAACUGGCAUGGUGACACAUGUAGGAACGGUGGUGGGUGUAGCUGUGAGGAUGAUGGGUGUCAUGCUGGUGGCAUGAAAGUCGGCCUAGAGACUUUUCAAAGCUGGAUCGCAUAUAAAGACCAAAUGGCAUUGGCGCUAAGCUGCGUAGUGCAAGGAUGCUUACAUAGGACCUUAGUCAAUAGGUAGCUAUAGCUUUCAUGAAAGGUAGUUGCUUGCUGCCAUCUGCUAAUUUUUGUCAUUUACUUUCUUUUGCACCAUAUGUACACC